AUGGCCUUUCUGAACAAGCAGUUCUUGCCUCGAGGUAACGCCAGCUCCUCCGCCAAGCUGCCUACAGGGUUGGCGGCGGAUCUUGAGGGCGUGACCCACUACAGCUGCCCAGCCGGGCUGGUUCCCGGCAUCUUCCCAAGCGGUAUGCACUUCCACUUCGAUGGCCUGGCCACAGUGAAAUUCAGCUUUGCCGAUGGGCGCUUGAGUUGGACGGCACGGCCUUAUGAGAGCGGGGCUGAGAAGCACUACAGCACGUGCAUCUUCGGAGGCACCGGAACAGGUCCCACUAUUGGCAUCAAGCCUUGCCUCACCAACCCGGUUGUGAACCUGCUGCCCAUUGAGGACCAGCUGUGGCUUACCACUGACACCUCCAAGUGGGGCCGCGUGAAUCCUGACACCUUGGAUACUUUGCCAGACGAAGUAGAGGUGGCCUCUACUGUGCUGAACGCGCACCCGGCCUGUGAUCCUGCAAGCAAAGCCUGCUUCGUGCAGUACAACUGCGGCGACAACGCGCAGCCUUACACGAACCAGGCCUGCAUUGGUCAGCUGGUGCCAGGGGCUACCGGCAUGCGCACUGUGGAGAUCAGCAGGGCAGAGCUGCCCGAGAGGAAGCUCAUCCAGCACAGCCAUAGUCCUUGCAUCACGCCGGGCUUUGUCAUCAGCAAGAUCGACAGCUUCACGGCACGGAGUCCCUUGAACAGCAACUCGGGGGUUCUGCGCUUCCUGCACCAGGCAGAAGACGACCUCUGGAUGGUCAUGGACAGGAAGACAAACAAGUCCGCAAUUCUUCAAGGAAGCGUGAACUUCGUGAACAACCAUUUCUGGAACUGCUACGAGGUGGACGGCAAUGUCGUGAUUGACAGUGUUGCUGCAACAGAAGAUUACCUCGACAACUACUUUGAGAAGAACCUGGCGGCUGAUAGGAACUGGACGAAGCUUUUCCACCCGGCUCUUCGGUGCACAGUGCCUGCGGCAAAAGGUGGUCCAGUCUCGUGCGAGAAGUUCUUCCUGAAGGACGAAGGAGCUGUGAUCUUCGACUACCCAACUUUCAAUCCCGCCUUCAAGAUGAACCCCAGCUACCAGUACUUCUACGCCAUUGCAGCGAAGGCGCCCACUUCCAGGUGGUUUGAUGAGCUCAUCAAAGUCAACGUCAGGACGAGGUCUGUAGAGCUUUCAUGGUCCUCUCCGGGCAUCUUCUUGACAGAGGCAGACUUCAUCCCCUGGAAGGGCAAGGCGGAUGCCGACCGACCUGAAGAUCAUGGCAUGCUGCUUUCCGUGCUGUACAACACAACAUCGGAUCAGAGUAGCCUCGGGGUUUUUGAUGCUGCCACUUUGGCACUGCUUCACCAGCAGCCGCUCAAUUCCGUGAUCCCUUUCCAUGCACACGGCAUUGUGUGCGUGGAUGGGCGUUGCUACUCAAACCCGUAG